AUGUGUGCCGGCGACGGCACCAGGGAGCGCUGCGCAUGCGCGCUGUGCGGCGCGGCGGCGGACGUGCACUGCGAGGCGGACGCGGCGUUCCUCUGCGCGCCGUGUGACGCCCAGGUGCACGGCGCCAACUUCCUCGCGUCCCGUCACCGCCGCACGCGCGUCUCGCCGACGCCUAAGGGCGUGGGCGUCAUGUCCAGGACUGCUACGACGUCGAGCUCCUGCGUCUCCACGGCUGACUCCGCGACGACGGCGGCGCUGCACGGCAGGAAGACGACGCCGCCGCCGGCUAGGAGGCGCGCCGCGCGGGGCGAGGCGGUGCUUGACGGCUGGGCCAGGCGGAUGGGCCUCGAGGCGGGGGCGGCGCACCGCUGUGCAACCGCUGCCAGCCGCGCGAUCCGGGCCCAGGUAGCCGCGGCCAUGCCACACGUGCCGCUGCGUGUCGCGAUGGCUGCGGCGCUGUGGUCGGAGGUGGCGGCUCAUGGCGUCCACGAGCCCGGCGAAGCGCUCCGGCGCCUGGAGGCCUGCGCGCACGUGCCGGCGAGGCUCCUCGUGGAGGUGGCUCCGCUGUCGACGAUGGGGAACGCGCGCGGGAAGAAGAGGACGGCCGCAGUGGACGCCGCCGAGGACGGCUGGGGCGAGUGCUCGAUCGUGAGCCCACACAAAACACCAUCUUCUCCAAGACACGAGCUUCUCUUGUUCGUUUAG